AUGGCGCCGAGGCUUGGACCGCGACAAGUCGAAGAUAACGACCCGUUCCUUUGGGAUGUCGAACAAGUCGUCGCCGAAUUAUGCGGUGCCAACUGCCCAUGGGCGAAGGAUCCGGCCGCCUUUGCAGACAGGCUUCGGGCAGAAGAACUGGAUGGCAGGACGUUGUUGACUUUUCAAUCGACGACCUCCCUAGACAGGCUUCUAAACCGACUAGACUUCAAGACCCUGCGAGAUGAGUCGCGUUUCAACGAGAAGGUGAACGAGCUGAGACUGCAGAGUCCUUCUUUUGCGGCCUGGAGAUUUUCGCUGGACCGGAAGCAAGAGCGAGUGUCUGGGAUCAUUGCAAACCAGGAAGAUGGAAAUAUCGAAGAGGAUCGAUUGCCAUACGUGCCUGAGGAAGCACCGUCACCCAUUAGUCAAGAUGCCCGAACCCCUGGCACAGUGUCGAGUUCGGCGACACCGGCAAUUGGGCAAAUGGCCAUCUCAGGCGGCUCGCAGUCAUCUGCCAUUGGACGUCGCCUACUACCAACGCCCUUUGAGCUGAAACGCCCAGCCACACACGACAACGAUAUCGUCACCGAUGCUGCCGAACCACCGCCCAAGAAAAGCCGUGUUCAGCCGACCAACAUCAGCGUACAAACGGUGACGGAGCAAUUUGUUGCCCUUCCGUGGGAGCGUGCCCCCGCUUGGGCGUAUAUCGGUGACGGGGCCUUGACCCAGGAGAUGCUCACGUCAGAUUCGGAACCCGUCACAAGCUUGGUACUGGACUACGUCGAUCAGGUGUCGAGCGAAGAAGAGUUUACAGUGAAACCGAAAAGGUUACCCCCCGGCCGGCGAAUAGCAGUUGCAAUGGUGAUGCGACGUCUUCUGAUCAAGAAUGCUCGAAAUUUGGUUCGGAUCGAUGAAGGCGAAGAAGUCGUCUCAGACUUCGGCGUCGACGAGAAAGACAUGAUUCUGGCUCUUUCCGAUCUCCCGUCUGAACUAGACGAUGAUACGAGGCGAGAGAUUGAGGAUGAACGGCUCGAGGCUGAAGAGCUCAGGCUGCAGGCCGACGGAAUACCACAGCACAAGGUCCAGGAAAUCCUCGACCAAGAGAUCGAAGCAUUCACACGACUUUGGGAAACACGCAAGGCCACAAAACUCAAGCGGGAGGCAUGGAGUCUUUGGAAUCAAGCACGCAAGGGGAAGCGCAAUAUCAUGUCCGAGCAAUCUCGCUCAGAGAUCCGCGCUCUCGACGAACGUAUCGCAGCGUACACGUCGCGCAUUCUUCGCGAGGGGUGGCAAGUCGAAAGCGAAGUGCGUGCACAAGCCCUAAUUCUGGAGGCGAGUGUAGAGGACAGACUCUACCAGGCUUGGAAGCUGAAUGUUAUCGAAUGCAGGGUAGAGCCCGAGAGGGAGAGGCCUCUAGCGCCUGCGCGCCCAUCGCUAACUCCAAAGAAGCGGCCUGCGGCGAUGGAGGAAGUCCUGACCAGCAGCGACGAAGAAGAUGACACUGAUUUCAUCGUUCAUGACGAGGACCCUGCUCCCAUGGAUAUCUCCGAUGCAGCCGCUGACCCCUCUAGCGACGCCGCCAGCGGACAAACGCCUCACGCCCCAGAAGCUACUAAUGGAGAUGGCGGUGCCACACAGAGCAGCGACGAUGAUUCUCAGAGGUUGAGAGCGGAUUCAACAACGCCUGUCAGAACUCGACACCCUCCGUCUCCCACGGCGCCUCCGUCCCAGCACUCCGUCCCGGUCAUAGAUUUGACGUUAGAGCCGGACUCGCAACCUACAGAGGCCUCCACGACGGAUGCAGUCAACGGGCCAUCGCUCAAAAGUCUCAGCAGCCUCAGCCUAAUCACCGCGCAUGAUGCCAAGUUCUGGUCGAAUCAGAAUGACCGCUGGAGACUUGUCUUAUGGGUUUUGGCUAAAAUGACUUUCAACCGGCGCAAAGCCGUCUUUGUCGCCGUGCAGACUUGUUCGCCUUUGAAGGUGUGGAAGACGUACGUCACAGGUUUUCUGAACGAACCACCACAAGACUAUGGAACGGUGGGCACUUGGACCGAAAAAGAGCUGCUAUGUUUUGACAUUGCACGAUUGUUUCUUACGCACCUUCGGUGCAGGGUACAGGCCGAGAAACGCUUGAUGCCGCCGACAAAUAACACGAUGCAUAAGAUACGCUCCAAUAAGGAAGGGUUCUCACUCUUCUGUCAGUGGCUGAGGAACAAAGAGUCCAUAUUCCCCACGGCCGACCAAAUCUAUCGAGGCCAUGAUAAUAUCCCCGAUAGCGACGAGGAGAUUCCGGCUGACAAGGAACUUGAGGAAUACGGCUCGCCUCAGAAGCGGAAGAAGCAGACAAAGGAAGUCGUGCAGAACAGAGACGCCCUCACGCUGCGCCAGCUUGCGAAAGAGAGGAUCAAAGAGCAAGAGGCUCGUCGCCAAAGGCUCAGGUCUCAGCUUGAAGGCCUGGGCUCGUCAAUUCAUGGAGAUACUCGUAUCAUCAUAAACGAAAGCAAAGAUGACGAGCAAGAGCUGGUGUAUGUUAACGAAGACAUUGCGCAUUCGAUCAAGGAGCAUCAAAUUGAUGGUGUCCGUUUCUUAUGGAACCAGAUCGUGCUGCCCCCAACACUUCGCCAAGGCUGCCUACUAGCGCACACGAUGGGCUUGGGCAAGACAAUGCAGGUGAUCACAUUCCUUGUAGCCCUUGCUCAAGCUUCUCGCGAUGCCAAGACUGCGACGCAGAUACCAGAGGAUUUGCGCAACUCCCAAACGUUGAUCCUAUGUCCCGCAGGACUUGUCAACAAUUGGAUGGAUGAGUUAUGUAAAUGGGCUCCGGAAGACUCUUUGGGCCCGCUGGUGUCACUGGACUCAGCGGCUACGCCUUUUAUGCGUGAAGACAUCCUCCGAGAGUGGGCAGCAGACGGUGGAGUGCUGGUUCUUGGGUAUGACAUGUUCAAAGCCUUUUUCCGCAAGGAUAAAACCGACGAUGAGGGCAGGCUACAGUACGAAGAGCUUGCCGCGCUACUGCUGGAAACGCCAAAGAUCGUUGUGGCUGACGAGGCACACAAGCUCAAGGCACAGAACGGAGUGUUGAACAGCCUUUGUUCUCAAUUCCACACUUCUGGUCGCAUCGCCUUGACUGGCUCGCCGCUGAGCAACAACACGAUAGAGUACUACUCGAUGAUCCAUUGGGUUGCACCAAAUUUCCUGGGUCCCUUGGAGGAGUUCAAGGAGAUCUACGUCCGCGAGAUCGAGAAUGGGCUAGCGCGCGACAGUGUUGCUAGCGACAAGAGGCUGGCGCUUCGAAAGUUACACGCUUUGAAGACAACAGUAGCGCCUAAAGUGCAUCGAGCCACUAUCAAAGUGCUCUCUCAUGACCUACCUCCAAAGUCAGAGUUCGUUAUAUCGGUGCCCCCCACUAAGCUACAGUGCGACCUAUACACGCUGUAUAUCAACGCCAUGCACGACGGUGGUGCGGGUAGAUCAGGCGCGGCCUUGACGGCGGCCAAAGAUCUGGUGCUUCUGUGCAAUCACCCGGUCUGUUUCGGGUCCAAAGUCAGACAGGUGAUGCAAGAAAUCGCUACAGGUACUGCAAACAAGGCCUCAACGUUCCCUACAGGAAUCAUCGACGAAGCAAAUCGCCUGACAAACCCACAUACCAACUCAACGAUCCAGGACCCUUCAUAUUCGGCCAAGGUGUUAUACCUCUGUCGAAUUCUGGAUGUUUCCCGGGCCAUCGGCGACAAGGUCUUGGUUUUCAGCCAAAGCCUUCCUACUCUGGACUAUCUGCAGAAGAUUAUGGAGACGCAAGAUCGUCGCUUCUGUCGGCUAGACGGCGGCAGCAAGAUCAACGAACGCCAACACCAAACAAGAGCGUUCAACGAAGGUCAGCAGGACGUAUAUCUCAUCUCGACCAAGGCAGGCGGUGUUGGCCUUAACAUACAAGGAGCCAAUCGCGUGGUUAUAUUCGACUCACAGUGGAAUCCGGCCGAUGACCAGCAAGCAGUUGGACGAGCAUAUCGUCUUGGCCAGCGGAAGCAUGUGUUUGUGUACUAUCUCAUGGUCGCCGGUACGAUUGAACAAGAGCUCCACAACCAGGCCGUCUUCAAAGGUCAAUUGGCCACCCGCGUUGUCGACCAGAAGAAUCCUAUAUCCUGGGGCCAAAGGCAUGGCAAAUACCUGAUGCAUAUUCAGCACCCAAAUAACGAGACACGGGCCCCAAAUCUAGAAGCCUUUAUAGGCAAGGACCAGAUCCUCGACAUUCUAAUCCGAGAACCCCCUAGGACCACUAGGCCGGAGCCUCAGCAGCUUCAAAUCAGCAAACUAGUGUCGACUGAUACAUUUGAAGAGGAAGACAUUGACGCUACCUUGACUUUAGAAGAGCGAAAGGAAGCGGAAGAGGCUGUCCGGCUCGAUCACCUUCGACGCACUGACCCGCCUGAGCAUGCAAAAUUGAUGGCAGAGCAGCAAGCCCACCUGGCGCAACAAUGUCAGCACCCAACUCAGAAUGGUGGAAAGAUGACACCAAUUCCACCGCCGACUCAGCCAUAUAGCACUACGAGACCGCCGCAUCAUAUACCUGGCCUGAACGGCCCGACGACAAUGGCACACAACUUCGGUGUUGGUGUUGCUUCAGCAGACGGCCCGCGCCGUGAACACGCGCCAGCAGCAGCUGAGUCUGGACCGGCACCUCGAGAGUCCAACUCUGGCGUGCCCGGUAAGUCCUCGGGCACAGACGAUGCUUCCCCUGUGGUUGCGGUUGCCAACGUCCCACCUCCGCCCAUGCCCAUGGUUGGGGCAAACACCUAUUUUGGUCGACAGUCGGAGGUCAUGAGCAGCACGCACUCGCCUGGGCCAGCCACAAGCGCAUCAGCAGCCCCAGCUCAAGCUCCUCCCGCCAGCCCGGCGAGCGUACCAGCGCCAGCGUUCACUUUGGGCAGCAGUCAAUCACAGCCACUCGACGCCAUAUUCCAACAGAAACUAACAGAACGCCUUGAGGCUAUCCCCGGCAUACCUGGACUUGCCCAUGGCGGCAUACAGCAUCGCGCAAGGUCCCUCGCAAGGUCGAUCCAGCAAGUGCUGGAAGCUAGAGGGGCUGGGUUCUUGCCGGACAAAGUGCAGUGGAAGUUGUUGACGGAGUUGCUGGAUAACGAACGCUUCACAACCGCAAUGGCAUACGGGCUCUUAACACCCAAAUAUGUGGCUAGCGCGGGGCGCAAAGUGUUGCAAAGUCGUGUCGACUCGCUGGAGCGACUGAGUCACCAGAGCUUUAUGACUCAGUGCAAUCUGAAGACAAAGAACAAGGAUCCAGCAGUAUGA